AUGGCAACGGAAGAUAGAUGGGGUCUUGCCGUGACUCAAUUACAAGAUCUAUAUAAAAUAGGAGAUAUUGCGGGGUUUGAGUCUUUAGAUCCGAAGAAUAUGAAUUUCCAGAAUAUGAAUUUGAAUCAAUUGGCUGAUAUCCAUGAGAAAUUAGAGGCUCGUCAGUCUGUAAAUGAAAAGAUGAGAAAUUACUGCAGAGAUUUGGUAGAGAACAUUUCAUACAUAUUAGAUAAUUAUCCAGUGGAAGAGGAACCUAUAUUAAAGGAGGAAUCCAGUUCGACGCAUAUCCCUGAAUCGAGUGUUGUUGGUAGAUCACAUUGGACCAGUCAAUUCAACCCAAGUGAACCAAUUGAGGUUGGUUCCGAAGUUGCAUAUAAAUCUAAAAAGACUGGCGAAUGGAUCCAGUGCAUAUGCACAAAAGUUUCUGGGGACGGACUCCGGUUUGAAGUGAAAGAUCCAGAACCCGAUGAAUUUGGGAAACCAGGUGGUAUAUUCAAAUGUAACUCGAAAGAGAUCCUCUUGAUCCCGCCCGUGACUAUGAAAAGAACCCAGACUCCGAAUUAUCCAGCGAAUACAAAAGUUUUGGCAAGAUAUCCAGAAACAACGACUUUCUAUCCAGCUAUUGUUUGCGGAAGCAAAAGAGAUGGGACAUGUAAGCUACGAUUCGACGGUGAAGAGGAAAUAGACAAGGAGACUGAGGUGGAAAGAAGAUUAGUUCUUCCUUUCCCCUCUAGACGAUGA